AUGAAGGUCUUCGUUUGUCUACUAGCUACGCUUGCCGCUUGCAAUGCCACAUUUUUGUCAUUUCUGGGCGGUGGCGGCGGUGGUGGCGGCGGUGGGGGCACUAAGACCACCUACAAUGUCAUAGCGACACCGAACAAUGGAGGAGCUCACGGAAAUGGACAUGCCUAUGCGCAUGGCGGAGGAGGAGGAGGUGGAGGAGGUGGCUCUUAUGGCCAUGGACAUGGCUACUCAUAUGGCGGUGGUGGUGGCGGUGGAUCCACUCAGCUGAUCAAGGUCAUUCUGGAAAAUGGCCACGGCUAUGGCAAUGGAGGCGGUGUUGCAGGCGGUCAAGGCUACGGACAUGGCUAUGCCAACGAACAUAGUCAUGGCUCAUACGGCGAACAGGUAUACAAGGUGAUUGAGCAUGCGGCACCUGUUGCGCCAAUUGCUUAUCACGCCAACAGCGGCGCCAGCAGCUCUGGCUACUCCUAUGGCCAAUCAUAUGCAGCUGGCCAUAGCUAUGGCGGCGGGGAUGCCUCCUACAACAACCAUCAGCUGAAUUCGAUUCUGCCACAGAUCAUUCAACUCGUGCUGCAGGAGGAUGCCCUCUAUGGAGGCGGCGGUGGUGGUUAUGGCAAUGUGGACGCCAUCAACGGUCAGCUGAUCGACACCUUCGGACACAGAGGCAAGGCCAUCAUUAUGCGCGCGGAUCAAGCGCAGGGCGCCUUCUUCAAGAGCGGGCACGUUGUGCAGCGCGGCACGCUCAAAGUGAUGCGCGUCCAAGAGCAACAGCAACAGCAGCAGCAGCCUCAUGGUGCUGGAGGCUAUGCCAGUGGCGGCGGCGGCGGCGGCGGCUGGAGCAGCGGUGGUGCUUCAAUAGGAGGCGGCGGCUGGAGCAGCGCUCAGCCCGCCGGCUGGUAG